AUGAUCUCUAUUAAAAAAAGUUUGAUUGUGUCCGCGGUAGCAGUGGCGCUGAUCACAACCACAGGGGAACGCUGCGCAUUGCCGCCACCAACGCUGGUGGGGCCAACAACGGGGGCAACGCUGGUGGGGCACUAUCCAACCCGGACAAAGCUGCCUGGUUGGGAACAGGUCGCGGCCAACGCUGGUGGGGCCAAGAACGGGGGCAACGCUGGUGGGGCACUAUCCAACCCGGACAACGCUGGUGGGGCACUAUCCAACCCGGACAAAGCUGCCAACAAGGCUGGUUGGGAACAGGUCGCGGCCAACGCUGGUGGGGCCAAGAACGGGGGCAACGCUGGUGGGGCACUAUCCAACCCGGACAGUGCCGCCAACAAGGCUGGUUGGAAACAGGUCGCGGCCAACGCUGGUGGGGCACAUUAUGGCGGACACAAUGGGAGAGAAGCCGGCGGUAACACUAGAGGCAACGCUCCUGCUACGAGCCCUGGUAAUACGAAUUCGGGCAAUGUCAACAAAAAGUACAACGGUGCGACGUCGAACAUUGACUUUACCGCGGUCCAAGGCGAGAUAAACCCUGGUACUGUGGUGCCGCAGUAG